UAGACAAACUAAAGUUGAAACACUAAGGAUUUUUAUAUUUUUCAACUAGAACUAUCGCCUGAACCGGUUUUUCUCUGUUUAUAUUUUUCCACACACUUAUCGUCAAAUCCGGCUCAUCUCUAAGGACUCUGUGCCGGAAUUUAUUCGCGCUUCUUAAAUGCGUUGUAUUUUUAUAUUAUUGUAAUUUAUCCACUACGGCUUUAUAUGACGCCGCCGAAAAAAAAGCUGAAAAUGGACGAUAUGCGGUGUGCAAAUAAUCCUGUGUCCUUUGAGCAAUUCAAGAAGAUAAUAAGAAACCUGCCCGAUAUAUGCUUCGAGGUGCAACGCGACGGAGUCGCUGGUAAAGGCGUUAAAACUCUGGAUGAGUGCGCCUUUUGGUACUAUGAAUCUUUCUAUAGGGACCCCGAAAUACGGAAGAAAUAUCCUUACGAACUUGGGGCCUGCCCCAUGAGGAUUAAAGAUAAGUUGCUCUCAAUGCCCGAGUCAGAGCCAGUUGGUGAGCCGGUGACGGCGCCUCAAAACACUGAAAGUGUAAUGGUCAAAGUGGCAAGGAUGGGUACGUUCAUCUUUCCUGUGACAUUUUUUGCCUUCAAGAGCUUUGUCAACGUAGAGAAAGUGCUCCGGAUGAUAGACAUGACGAAAGAGGAACGGAAGUCUAUGCUGGCCAAUGAGAAGCAAUUGGAAGUCGUCUUAAGAAAAUUUUACAACUCGUUCUACAUGUUCCCCGAUCGGCAGUCUACUACCGACAUUUUUGAGAACAUACCCUCAGAGUUUUUGCCACAGUACCUUAAACAUGGCGAACCCUGUGAUGAAUUGUGCAUUUUAAAAAUGUUUCUUUCUAUGCUUUGCAGACAACCCGUCGUCAGUUUUGAAGUGUUUGAGAAAUACUUGACCAAUAUGUAUAACAUUGUGUGGCAACUAAAGUUGCACGACACAUACGCGGCCUUGGAUUUUGAAAAAUGCGCCCAUGCUUUGUAUCUGGACUUCUACCUUAAGCCGGAGAUCCGUGAUAAGUACACGUUUAAGUGGCGACCGUGUACCAUGAGCAUGCAGAAACGCCUACUAAACAUUCCCAAUGAGGAGUCUGCCCAAGAGCUGCGGAAAAGCUUGUCUGAGCUAAUUCCUGAAUCCCAAAACGCUGAGGUGAACAUUCGAAAGCGGUACAAAUACAGUUUUACUGAUGCCCCUUCCGUUCUGAGAGAGAAGCUAUUGGCAAUGGCCCAUCCAUUAAACCAGGCUGUGAAGGAUGCUCCACCAAAAGAGGGCGAACCAUUUAAGGGACACGCACCGAACGCUGAAGAACUACCAAAGCAUGUUCUUGAAGAGUCUUCUGAGAAUUUAGAAGAAGAAGUAUUUCAGACAGACGUAGAAGUGAAUAUUGGCAAAUGCGGUCGGUUUAUUUUCGUUUCGUUUGAUACUUUCCGAAGGUGCAUCAACUAUUCCGAGAUUAUUGGGCCAAUACUCAUGGGGGCAAACCAAAAUGGAUCGCAGCUAGAGGACUUGAUUGCUCAUCCCCAGAACCCAAUCUGCGAAAAGAUCUUCCUUCGAUACUAUCGUUCCUUUUAUAUUUUCUCCAAUUCUCGCCAGCUGUUUCAAUAUCGGUUCUCCUGCAAAGAUAAUCAUUAUAAUGCGGGUUCUAUUGAGCAAAGCAAGAAUAAUCAAGCACCUCAUGAAGCUACUUCCUCGAAGGAAUCAAAAGGUAUUCCAGCAAAGGAGUGUGAAGUCAUGAAAAACCUCGAAAACCAUGUCUCGUUUCAACUUUUUAAACGUAAUGUAAUUAAUCUCAAGGAAAUAGUACAGAAAAUGCUCCUUUGCGAUGAACACAAGGAGAAAUCUGAGGAAGAAUGUGCCCGAGAUUACUACAAUGGCUUUUACUCUUCUCAAAAAAUGCGGGAUAGGUUUCCUUACGAACUAAAGCCAUGUCCUGCCCAAAUGAGAAACAAGUUAAUUAGUUUUCCCACAAAAUACAACAAUCCCAGCUAUGUGAUCCCAUAUAAUUCCUGUCCAUAUCGAAGGGUCCCUUGCCCAAAACGAAACAUCCAACAAUUCCCGACAAAAAUCAAGGGAAACUUCGUCGAAAGAGAGACCAUUAAAACCUUCAUAAAUGGCGCUUCCUUUGAGUUUCCAGUGUCCUUUAAAACAUUUAAGCAACACAUCAACUACGAUGAGAUUGUCAAAUCGUUACUACUAAAGGAAUCCCAACAUGCGACUGAGCAGAGUGACCGAGGCACAAGGUUGUUUCAUAAAUUCUUUUGCUCAUUCUACGUUCAGAAGGACGUUCGCCAUACCUAUCCCUACAGAUUUCAAAAUGCAGACGAAGACCUCCUUAGUAAAUUGGAAGAAUAUGCUGUGCCCCUGAAUGAUAUAGCGAGGCAAACAAUGUCUGAUGUAGUGCAUAGCAAAGUCCCUCAGAACGAGGACGAGUCUAGAACGGUACCACGUGCUCCGAUGGAUGAAACUCUGGUUUCCAUCACGUACAGGUUUCCAGUAUCCUUUACAACAUUUCAAAAGUACAUUAAUUACGAAGAACUCAAGGUGGAUCUAGUAAAUGGUGGAGGCGUAAACAAAAAGACCCCAGAGCAGCUGGCGGAGAUUCUGGGCGACGAAACGAGUUGCCUGCGCUUAUUACACCGCUAUUAUAACUCAUUUUACACCAUGAAGGAUAUUAGAAAUAAGUUAAAAUAUAAUUUCAACGCUGCUCCACCAGAACUCUCCGACAAGUUACUAGAAUGGGCAAAGCCUAUUGAGUUUCGUAAUCUGGAUCCAGAAGAGAUUAAUGCCACCAGGGAAGCGGAACUAGCAGGAAAGCAAAAAAUCAAUGUUCUUUCUUAUAGGCCAUCGAAUUUACGCCAAUAUAUAGCUGACCGUAUUUCUGUGCCGGAGAAACAAGCUCUGCUGGAACAACAUAUUCUUAAUUUAUAUAAUUCCAAAAAAAACACGUCCGAAAAAAAUUCAGAUCCUCUUGAAGCGGAAACUUCAGUAAUCGAAUUAAUUGAAGGGGCUCCACAAAAUAGGCAAUCGGAGAAUAGUUCAGUAUUAGUAUCAGUAUCAGAUCAGUCUACUACCUCAGCCGAUAAUGAAAAGGAUGAAUCCAAAGAAACGUCAGCAAAGGUUGGCAAACCGUUAAAUCAACCCGAAUCUACGAAGACAAUGGAAAGUGCUUCAAAUGACCUGAAGGGUUCAUCAGAUAUUCCAGAUAUUGCAGAACCCGAGACAACUAGCAAUGAGAACCAUGGCACAAAUAAGCCUCCAGAGGCUAAUAGAAACGUGAGUGUUUCAGAUUCUUUUAAGAAGAAAGCAGAGAGUUCAACGGACCUUUCAAGACCUGUCAGUGGUACAAAUAAAAAAGUUGCAAUGCAACCAGAAGAAAACCAAAAUAAAGAAGCUGAAUCAAGUGCGGAUGGAACAGAAGCGAGCGAUUCUGAAGCAGCGUCGCAUCGGCAAUCAGAAAGACAAAUCAUUUUGGACCAAGCAGAGAAAGAAUUUUUUGCCGAAAGCUCUCAAGUUCACAACAUGGCAUACUUGAUCUGCACGAGCCAAGGUCUAAAAAGGGCACUUUGGCGAAUAUUGUACCAACUAACCAUGGAGGAAUUUAAGGCCUACACGACCAUCCACAAUGGCGAGGACUUGUACAGGAACGAUGGAUUACAGCCCUAUUACCAGCAUGUCGUAGACAAGGGCAAGGCCUUAAAUCUGUACAUUAGGUUGCCCCAUUUGAGGCAGCUGCUCUAUAGUAAAGGCGUGAAGUUAGGCAGGCUAGACUUUGAACAGCUAUCGCCGAAGAUGCUGCACUGGCGAGAGGCAGAAGAACACACCGAUUUUGAUCAGAUCGUUGAAAUGCAGUACAAAGAGCGUACUGGCGAAGAAAUAGACAGUGUCAGCAGUUGUUCGAAGAGCGGGACGGUUCUAUGCAGACUGCUGGCGCCACGACCAGUGGAUUUACAAAGUGCCUCAAAUAAUGAAGACCUUCCAUUGCCCGAUCUCAAUGGAAUUGUAUUAAAAUCACUCCCUAUUGCGGAAGGCGGUGGUGAAAGUAGCCAGACAGAGAUUAUCUCCAUAGCCUCAAGUUCAGAUGUGGUUCCAGAAAGUGAAACCGGAGAUGGAAGUAGUCAGAAUGAGAUAAUUUCAGAAUUGGGUCCAGACAGUCAGAGCUGUCCUACUCAGCUUGGCAACUCCGCGAACUUUGUGGAUAUUGCUACCGCGGACAUACACUCCCAAGUACCCGAAUCUCCACUCGAUCCGUUGAGUACUCAAUCGGAGACAGUAUCUUCUGUCAAGCAGGAACCCAUUCAAUUCCUCAACAACCUGCGCGGCAUUUGCAACGCAGAUGGCUGCCAAUGGGAGUCCAUUGGGUCGGAAGAGCAAAUUGUGAACCUAGAUUCCAGCCAAGAGGAGGGUCCCAGCUUGUCCUGUUUUGCCGUCGCCAAGCCUUCUGACAAAAUAUCGCCAUAUCAGUCGUUAGAGUCGUUACUCACGGUGAUAUUAGAGAGCGAUGAUUCCAUCGUCUUAGAGAAAUCUCAGCCUGAGGAGAGCGAUCAAAACGAUAAAUUGGCAGAGAAUCCUGUUCUAGAGGAGCAGCCUAAUGAGUCAGCUGUACGGCCCACCUCACCCAGCCCAACAGUUCCCGAGGCCAAUGUGAUCCAGUCACAGGUUCAACCUUUUCUGAAACCCGCAGAAUCCCGGAAAAAGAAGCUUCCGGCAACCAAUGCUUUGCCCCCCAGCAAGCGAACCCGAUUAGUAAACGACAAGGUGCCGCAGCUUAGGCACGAGUUUCGGCCAUUGCCCCUGGGUUCAUGCGUCCGUAUUGAAACCGAAAUGCUAGGGACAGAUGAAUUUCCCACGGAACCUCCUCAUAUAAGCUCGAUACCGCAGCAAGAGGUAAUAUUGAACACCAUUACCCCAUCGCAGGAUUUUGCACAGGGCAACUCCUUAUUGGAGUCUUCGCAGCUGUCGGCCCUUAUAGAUGCCGUUCCACCUGGCGUUACUCUUCGCAAGGUAAUCGAAAAAGAAAAAGUUAGUGAGAAUUUAGCUGUUACAGUUCCCAAGCCUGCCCUCCGGCAGAGAGUUAUAUUCCGGAAGCUGGAGCGCUUUCAUUUCUUUGCCCCGUUGACCGUCCAGCAUAUAAUCCAGCACAGAAUCGAGGGGUACCUUGAAGGGGCGACUUAUCAGAGCGCCAUACUCAAGAUAGAUGGGAAGGUAUCCCAAGUGCGGGGUCCCCUGCUAAGUAUACUCUUUCCCCACCUUUCACCUCUGCUGCGUUCUGAUUUGGAACGAGUGCUGCACGACUUGCCCGAAUUCGUUUUUAGCUGUCGCUGGCGGAAAGUGCAGAAAGAUCGCAACGAGGAUCUCCGGAAACGGGUUUUAUUCACAUUCAUGGACAUCGCUCCCGAGUUUGGACCAUUUUGCUUACAGUUUGAAAAUGCGUCAAGAGAGUGGGCUACGUGCAGCGAAAUCGGCAUGUGGGAUGUGGCGGAGCCUCAGCCCAUAUACUUCGAAAAAUUCAUCAGCCCGGGUAUAUUAGAGAAAAUGAGGGAUUUUAAAGCGCGAAUGUGUUGAAUUUAU